GGCGAACACAGCGGCACGAUGUCCACACCACACACGAUUGGGCGAAUGAGUGCACCGCAACUUCAGUCAUGGCUUGAGGACCACGCUCUCAACACCGCCGAAGCCGGCAAAUUGACUGAUGUGUCUGGAGAGCAGCUCGUGAGCGUUGCACGAAGGGGCGAGACAGCGUUGCAAUCGUCGUUUCAAGUUUCUGCAGUGUACGCUCAGUCAUUGCUGGAAGCACUUCACCUGGGAGAUAGCAUCCAUGGCGAGGACGCGACUCGUCAUGCCUACAGUGAAGGAGAUUGCCAAGAUACACGAGAAUUUCAACUCAAACAAGAAGUCCUGCAACAGUUUGACAUUGUUGAUGUUCAGCUUCCGGCCCGGUGGCGCCGUUGGCUGUUCAGCACAUCAACACGACACAAACCAGUGACGCUACGAACGUCCCUGAAGGACACAGUGAAGAAGAACAUCGUUCACAUUGUGAAAGCCACCACAACGCCCAAUCCGUACGUGUUUGCUUUGACAGCACUCGGGCUUUGUAAAGGCGGCUAUGACCGGGUGCAGAUUAUGAAGAAAAACAAAGCGGCCGCGGAGGGCUUGGCCAAGCGAAUCAAGCAAGUGGUCAAGUUUGGUGGCCCAAUUCUUGUGUAUUUUGAGAAGAUUGAAGACGGGGAACGACUCAUCGACGAUGAAGCUGAAGAACUGCUGGAGGCUUCAUUCUGUGCCUUUCGGCUCAUUGGCGACUACAACAAGGAUAGCAAGGCGAAAGCAAUCCUCCACUUUUUGGGCUGUCACCAAUUCAAGAAGGCCAUUCAUGAAGCCAAGCAGCGGUUGCUGGAGGCUGUCAGUUUCACUGCCAUGGGUGCGAUCUCCACGAUGGUGAAAGAGCAAAGGACACCCGGAUGGCUGAGCACACUUAGCAGCGUAGAGGCAGAGGAUGCCGUGCAGUUUUGGAUCAAGCACAACUUCCAGGAAUCUGUUUCUGUCAGGAAGCUAGUGGAUGCUAUUGUCCUUUGGGUUCAUGACGCUGACAUGGGAGACAGUCACGGCAAUGAUGAUGGCUGGCCAAACUCCGCAAAAGCAGUACGUGAUGAGCAAGCGGUGUUCAGCUUCUUCAGUCGUCAGGACACAAUCGAAACAACAACAAUUCAGCGUUUUGCUCUGUUUGUCAAGGAUUCGCCAUCGAUUGCGCACGCCGCAACAGCUGUCGUCGAGCGAAUGGAGGAUGCUAAACUCCGCAAAGCCCUGCGCAAUGUGUUGGCGCCCGUGGACUUUGGUCGUGACCUCAUCAAGCACCAGCGCGCGUUUGUGGAGGGCACGCGGCAGUGGGUGUUUGACGCCUUUGAGGAGUGGGCGAUGUGCGAGGACGAUAGGGUGGCGAAGAAAGCGAAACAGACUCGCCCACACAGCGACAAAGAUAAAGGGCAGCGGCGCGUGUUCUGGGUGAAGGGGACAGGUGGACUUGGAAAGUCCGUCAUCGCGGCACAGCUUAUCAAGCGGUACGGCCAGGCAAGCACCAGCAAGCAGCCACUCAUCGCCGCCCACUACUUCUGCAAGCACGACGCCACCAAUCGCAACGACCCCCGCAAGGCGAUCAACACCCUCGCCUUUCGGCUUGCGACGCAGCUGCCCGAGCUCAGGGAAGAGUACAAGGCUAUUCUUCAAGGUGAAAACGAGGAGAGACGCAACAACUUUACGACACACGCGGAUGGCAGUGAGGGCACCGUGGAAGAUGCCUUCAACGUGGUACUCGCUGAGCCACUCAAGGCCGCGCUCGGCGAAGAUUCAGGCGGCAAAGGCAGCGAUGUCUUCAUCCUGAUUGACGCAUUGGAUGAGUUGCGUGCCGGCAACAGUCGCGCGCAGUUCCUGCGUCUGGUGGGCAAGCUGCUGCCAUCACUGCCACCGUGUGUGCGAAUUGUGGUGACGUCCCGCCCGGAGGAAGACAUUCUGGCCUUGCUGAAGAACUUGAACCCAUUCACCAUCGACAAGCAGGAUGAGCGGCAGCGCGAAGACCUGCAGUUGUGUGUGCGGAACAUCAUCAUCAAGCAGAGCAGCCUGGGCAAGCUGAACCAGGACGAGCAAGAGGAGGUGGUGCAGAUGGUCGUUGACCGGGCGGAUGGCGUGUUUCUGGCGGUGCGGCUGAUUGCUUGUGAAGUGGACAAAGCAGAGGGCAACACAAGGCAUCCGCUCACUGUGGCCGAUAUACGACGACUGGUGGGCAAGGGCGGCAGCUUCAUUGACGGCACGUACACGGAGACGCUCGACCGCAUCCAGGCGCGAAUCAAGGAGGCGGCGGGCGAUGACGACGGUGUGCUGGCCGCGCUGCAAGGCACCCUGCAUGACAUGUUGGCGGUAAUUGUGGCGUCGCUGCAGCCACUACGCGUGGACGAUCUGCACGAGCUGUGCGGUGGUGGCCGGGUGCAGAGCAAGGCGCUGACGAAGCGGCUGCUGAGUGCGCUGUCGCUCCUCUUCUCCAGCAGCAGCAAGCAUGACGUGGUUGAGCCCCUACACAAGACCGUCAACGACUUCCUCACUGACAAGCAGCGCGCUGGCCCUCACUUUGUGGACGAGCGUGAAGGCCACGCCAUCCUUGCUCGCGCUUGCCUGCGCGUGUUGGAAGACAGAGGCCUGUUGUCACACGGCGACAAAGCAGCAUCCUCAGCCGAGUUGGUGGAGGAGAAGGGUGCAGAGGAAUCGGUGGUGGUGUAUGCCAUUGCAUUUGGCCAUCAACAUCUUACGACGUGUGCAGAGGCAAUGCAGGCGCAGGCGACAUUUGAGAUUGAAGGUUUGCAGCGUGCCUGUGAGGCGGCCCUUUGUUCAUGGCAGGGAGCGUGGCUGCAGCCGCGCGGUAAAGCAGAGCUGACAAAGCAGGAGCUGGCGCUGGUGAAGGACGGGGCACUGCAGCAAUCACAGCACGAGGCGACGAAGGCAUUUGCACAGUGGCUGCUGCUGCAGACGUACACGCUUGGGCGCACGAAGCCGCUGGUGGCUGAACUUGCGGCUUUGGUGGCAGCAACAGAUGAGAUCAAAGACAGAGAGGCCCUCCACGCAAUGCUCGACGACGUCAGGCGCAUGUACGGCACACAUUGGGCGUCGGAGGAAGACAUUCGCACAGGAAUUGCCCAAUCAUGUGCGAACCUGCCGCUGAGGAGCAGCUUGGCUGCUUCGCCUGCAAUAGCCUUGCUGUGGACGGUUUCGUCACAACCACAACCACUGAUGACCAUCCCGCCGAUACUGACGCAAGACCCGUGCCUGAUGCAACUAAAGGGGCACACAGGCUAUGUCACAUCUGUUUCGUUCAGCGCUGAUGGCAAGCGCCUCGUGUCUGGCAGCUGGGACAAGACGGUGCGCGUUUGGGAUGCCUCCACGGGCCAGGAGCUUGCUCGGUGCAUCGGGCACACAGAUUGGGUCACCUCAGUGGUGUUUACACCUGAUAACAAACACAUCAUGUCUGUCAGCGAUGACAAGACAGUGCGCACUUGGGACAGUGAUACAACCGAUGAGUUGAUAUUGCGUCGCAUGCAAACAGAAGAGUUGGGCCAAAGAGCAGCGGUGAGCGCUAAUGGCAAGUAUGUGAGAACCGGAAUUUGGGCGGAGCGAUUUCGGGCUGGCAACCACAAUACACCAAACUCCAGUGCCACCUCAGCUUCAGUCAGCCCGGACGGUCAACGAAUCGUGUCUGGGUGCGCUGACAACACGGUGCGUGUCUGGGAUGCUCACACAGGACACAAGCUCGCUCAGUGGAACGGCCACACGGCUAGCAUUAGCUCAGUAGCAUUCAGUGAUGAUGGGAAACUCAUCGCGUCUGGGAGCCAGGACAUGACGGUUCGGAUCUGGGACGCUGGCACGGGUAACUUGUUAGCUCAAUGCGAUGGUCACUUGGGUGAUGUCAACUCCGUGACCUUCAGUGCGGAUGGGACGCGGAUCGCGUCUGGGAGUGACGACAAGACAGUGCGCAUUUGGAACGCUAAAACUGGACAGGAGAUGGCAACGUACAUUGGGCACGCAGACAACGUCACCUCAGUGACGUUCAGCCCCGAUGGCAAGCGUAUCGUGUCUGGGAGCAUCGACAGCACCGUGCGCAUCUGGGACGCUGGGGUGCGCCAGACACUGGCACAGUGUCACGGGCACACGAAUGAUGUCUACUCCGUGGCGUUUAGCCCCGAUGACAAGCGCAUCGUGUCUGGGAGCCAUGACAAGACCGUGCGUGUCUGGGAUGCUGAAACAGGUCAGGAACUAGCACAGUGCAAUGGACACACUAACAGCGUCACCUCAGUUUCGUUCAGCCCCACUGGCACGCGUAUCGUGUCUGGGAGCAAGGACAAGACAGUACGCAUCUGGAACACGGACACGGGCGAGGAGCUGGCUCGGUACAGCGGGCACACAGGGAAAGUCAGGUCGGUGGCGUUAAGUCGUGAUGGCAAGCUGAUCGUGUCUGGGAGCGGCACCCCUUCGGCGCUCUUUACGAGGGGUGAAGACUAUUCUGUGCGCAUCUGGGACGUGACUACGGGGCAGCAGCUCACCAAGUGCGACGGCCACACGGAUGUUGUCACCUCGGUUGCUUUCGGUCCAGAUGGACAACACAUUGUGUCCGGUAGUCGCGACAACACUGUGUGCAUCUGGGACGUGACUACGGGGCAGCAGCUCACCAAGUGCGACGGCCACACGGAUGUUGUCACCUCGGUUGCUUUCGGUCCUGAUGGACGACGCAUUGUGUCCGGUAGUCGCGACAACACUGUGUGCAUCUGGGACGUGACUACGGGGCAGCAGCUCACCAAGUGCGACGGCCACACGGAUGUUGUCACCUCGGUUGCUUUCGGUCCUGAUGGACGACGCAUUGUGUCUGGUAGCCACGACAAGACUGUGCGAGUCUGGGACUCAAGUACCGGGGAAGAUCUGUGUGUGUACAGAGGUCAUACAAGCACGGUCAGGUCAGCAGUGUUCUCCACUCUUGGUACUUUCAUCGUGUCCGGAGGUUAUGACAACACCGUGCGCAUCUGGAACACUGAGAGAAUGCCGUGAAGUGAUGUUGUGUCAUUUCUGCAAAAUGCAUGUGCUGGACGUUCUCUGUGCUCCUUGUGAAGCUGAGUGAACUUCCGUCGCGUUUGUGUUUUCAUUGUCACAGAUUGUUGACUUUGCAUGCGUGAAGAG